AUGGCUGAACUCGUCGAGACACAAGUGGAUCAAAUGGAUAGUGGUGAAAUGACUAGCAAGGAUUAUUAUUUCGAUUCUUAUGCCCAUUUUGGGAUUCAUGAGGAAAUGCUUAAAGACGAAGUGAGAACACUUUCGUAUCGUAAUUCAAUUUAUCAAAAUAAGCAUCUUUUCAAAGAUAAAAUAGUGCUGGAUGUUGGUUGUGGAACAGGGAUAUUGUCUAUGUUUGCCGCCAAAGCAGGUGCUAAGCAUAUCGACAUGUCAAAUAUCAUUGAUCAAGCGCGACAAAUCAUUAUUGACAACCAUUUAGAUCAAAAUAUCACAUUAAUCAAAGGAAAAAUGGAAGAAGUUGAACUUCCGGUUGAUCAAGUUGAUAUUAUUAUUUCAGAAUGGAUGGGUUAUUUUUUACUCUACGAAUCUAUGUUGGAUACUGUUUUGGUUGCGAGGGAUAAAUAUUUGAAACCUGGUGGUCUUAUAUUUCCUGAUAAAGCAACUAUAUAUUUGGCUGCCAUUGAAGAUGGGGAAUAUAAAGAAGAAAAAAUUGGAUUUUGGGAUAGUGUUUACGGUUUCGAUUUCAGCUCAAUUAAAUCGGUUGCUUUACGAGAACCUUUAGUGGAUACUGUUGACAAUAAAGCUGUAGUCACGAAUCCAUGCUCAAUUAAGGAGAUCGAUAUUCUUACUGUUAAGAAAUCAGAUCUAGCUUUUACUGCACCUUUCAGAUUAACAGCUUAUCGAGACGACUAUAUUCAUGCAUUUAUAGCAUGGUUUGAUAUUAUUUUCUCUGCGUGUCAUAAGCCAAUUAAAUUUAGUACAGGUCCACAAGUUAAAUACACACAUUGGAAACAAACCGUAUUUUAUACGACUGAUGCUAUUACCAUUAAAAAAGGAGAGAAUAUUGUAGGUACAUUAUCUUGUGCACCAAACAAAAGGAAUAACCGUGACUUAGACAUUGAAAUAUUUUAUGAAUUUUCUGGUGAAGUGGGUACUAGUUCGGAAACUUGUAGAUUUAAAAUGUAA